AUGUUUAUGGGUUCGUUACCUACUUUUACAGGUGAUGCCACACUGUGGUUUUCACAGUUAGAGGCACAAUUUCGUGCACAAAGUAUUACUCCCGAGCAGCAGUUGCAAAUCCUUUAUGGUUGCAUGCCGCCUCAACUGGCAUCUACAGCAAGAGACCUUAUCACAGACCCUAGUCCAGGCGCUACUUAUGCGCCUGUUAAAUUAGAGGUAGAGAAAAGAAAUACACGAAGCGAAGAAAGUCGUUUCAACGAAUUAAUGGCAGAUGAGGAACUCGGAGACAGGACUCCGUCAGAAUUUUUACGAAGACUGAGGGAGUUAAGUGGUAAUGCAUCAGACGCCCCUCUCCUUCGGAAGAUUUUUUUUUCGAGGUUGCCCGCCUAUAUACAGACCGUUUUGGCAACCGGCUUAGAGACAAAUACAGUGGACCAAAUAGCAACGAUGGCUGAUAAGAUGGUUGAAUUUGCCGUUCAACCAUCGUCACGGUCUGCUUGUGCCUGUUCACAAACUUCUUCGGCCUCAAUUGAGGGGCUUUCUAAACUAAUAGAAACCCUCACUAAAAGGAUGGACGCGAUGUGUCGCGAUGGUAAGCGAUCUUCAAAAUCGCGGAGUCGCAGUCGUUCAUCCUCGAGAUCAACACAGUCUAAGUCUGGACUGUGUUGGUACCACUCCAAGUAUGGAGAGAAUGCACAUAGGUGCACACAGCCAUGCACUUAUAAGUCUUUAAACUAG